AUUUUUUUAUUUUUUUUUUGCUUCUAGUUUUUGUGUUAAUCAUUUGAAUUUUUAGUCAAUAACUGAAAGUGUUAUUUAUUGUAGGUUUUAAGUACUAGUGGCUGUGAAAUUGUUUAGGUUUAUCUUGUUUUCUUGGUAAAGAUUAAAUUUUUAUUGCUAACAUUGAGUAGUCAAUUGUAUAUCUUUCGAGUUAUAGGUUUCAAACUAGUAAUGAGUAUUGAUUUGGUUGGCUUAGCUUGUUUUUGUGGUAAAUAUUAGAUUUUACUGGUAAUGAUUAGUCAAAUGUUGAGAAUUAGCUCUAUUUUGUGCUUAUAUUGUGCGAGGAUGAGCGUUGGCGCAAUGGUAGAGUUGCAAUAUUAGAUUUUUAUUCGUAAAUGGUUAGUCGAUAGUUGAGAAUGUGUAGGUUUAAAGUACUAAUGGGUUGGGUUUAUCUUGUUUUCUGGUAAAGAUUAAAUUUUUUAUUGGUAACGUCGAGUAGUAACUUGUGGCGAGUGUCUUCUAGUUAUAGGUUUCAAGCUGGUCAUAGGUAAUAAUUUGUUGGGUUCAACUUGUUUUUUGGGUAAAGACUAGAUGGUAAUGAUUAGUCAAUUGUUGAGAAUUAGCUCUAGUAUGUGCUUUUAUGGGGCGAGAGUGAUUAUCUGCGCAAUGGUAGAUUGCUCUUCCGUGACCUACAACUUCUUUGCAGAAAUGCAAGGGGAAGACUGUGUACAAUAUAUGCUCACCCUUCCUCUACCUUGCACUAGCUGGGAUCAAGGAGGAAAAAGAAUGCCUCAAGUGUAGACAAUUUAGAAUCUGCGACCACUGGUCAAGGGACAGCUGAUGGCAAAAGGGCCUUGUAUCACUGCAAUUAUUGCAACAAAGACAUUAGCGGGAGAACUCGUAUAAAAUGUGCUGUAUGUUACGAUUUUGACCUAUGUAUAGAGUGCUUCUCUGUUGGUGCUGAGGUGCAUCCCCACAAAAGCCAUCACCACUAUAGGGUUAUGGAUAUCUUAGCUUUCCCGCUUAUUUGCCCAGACUGGAAUGCUGAUGAAGAGAUGUUGCUCCUUGAGGGAAUUGAGAUGUAUGGCAUGGGUAAUUGGGCUGAAGUAGGUGAGCAUGUCGGAACAAAGACAAAAGAAGCCUGCAUUGACCAUUUUAAGGAUGCGUACUUAAAGUCACCUUACUUUCCUCUACCAGAUAUGACUCACGUCAUGGGGAAAAACAGAAUGGAACUCCUUGCCAUGGCUAAAGGGAAUUUCACUGAUAAGAAAGGACUCUCUUCACUUGGUGAUGUUGCUCCUAAAGAUGAAUCGUUCUCUCCGUCUCGAAUCAAAGUUGAAGACACUCAUAAAAUUGGUCCUUCAGGACGUUUAACUUCUGUAUCCAAUGCGGGAAUCACAGGCAUAAAAAAGCCAUCCAGCAAAACGCUAAUCAAAGAUCAAAAUGAACCUGUUAAAUUUGAAGAUAAUUCAGGCAGAAAUUUUGGAGGCAAGAAACCGAAAUCUUUGAAGGAUGAUGGAUCCUCAUUGAUGAAAUUAAGUGGAUAUAUUCCCAAGAGGCAAGAAUUUGAUCCUGAAUAUGAUAAUGAUGCGGAGCAACUAUUGGCUGAUAUGGAAUUCAAGGAAACUGAAACUGAAGAGGAGCGCGAACUUAAGCUGCGUGUUCUGCGUAUCUAUUCCAAGAGGCUUGAUGAAAGAAAACGCCGCAAGGUUUUUAUUCUAGAGAGGAAUUUACUCCAGCCAAGUGAAUUUGAGAAGAAUUUGUCACCAGAAGAGAAAGGUAUAUGCCGAUGUUAUGAUGCCAUUAUGCGCUUUCUCUCGAAGGAGGAGCAUGAAGAAUUACUUAAGGCUGUGGUCUCAGAACAUAGAUAUCUGAAAAGAAUACAAGAACUCAAGGAAGCGAAAGCUGCAGGUUGUCGUUCGUCUGCUGAAGUUGAUAGGUACUUAGAAAGGAAAAGGAAGAAGGAAGUUGAAGAAGGUGUUCCGAGAAAGGGAAGCUCUCAGAUUGGCCCAAUGAGCCAGGAAAGCCUGAACAUACCUGCUUCUUCUGAGUCACUUGGAAUACAUUCAAAUAGAAAACCUUGUAGCCAGGCGAUUUUGAGUUCCGACACCAAUGCAGGUGUUCCAGCUUUUUCUGCAGGAGAACUGUUAUCUGAACCUGAGAAACAACUAUGUCAAGAAAUCAGGUUAUCGCCGCAUCAUUAUCUUAGGAUGCAGGAGGUCCUUACAAUACAAAUUUAUAGUGGUAAUAUCACUAGAAAAUCAGAUGCUUAUCCUUUGUUUCAAAUAGAAGCAACUAAAGUAGAUAGAGUUUAUGAUAUGCUUUUGAAGAAAGGAGUUGCACCCUUGUAAAAUUCUGUCCAGAUAUUGUUUUUAGGUUUAAAUGACAUCACUCAGCUUUUUUAUAGUAUUUCUAAUAGCAUAGUUCGAUUUAUUAAGCUUCAGCUAUGUGCGAGACUAGUGACAAGAUUGGAUCAGAGUUUAUUGUAGUGACAAGAUUGGAUCAGAGUUUAUUGUAUAUAACCUUACUCUCCAUUUCUGUCA